AUGGUCAGCCUUCACCUGCAGAAGAGCGCCAACACUGAACUUCUUAGUUAUGCCCAAGCCCCUCCCACCAGCUCAGUCCUGGUGGCUUUGGUAAGCGGCAUGGGCCUGCCCACAGUACAUAUCCACCGAGCGGCAGGAUUUGACACCCGAAGCAGAGGUUUGAAACCAUGGAUGAUUGCCCUUCUCACUGUAUUGUUACUGACAGUGGUGGCUGCGGCUAUCGGUCUUCUGGCUCACUUCUUAGUCUCUGACGAGAAAAUGGAGUAUUAUCAUGCCACUUUUAAAAUUUCAGAUCUACGAGUCAACCGUAAUUCUGGACCAAAUAGCCAAUAUCAGUUUAUGGAAUUACGGGAGAUUAGUGAAAACCUGGUGGAUGAGACAUUUAUAGAUUCGGCCUUGAACAAGCAUUAUAUCAAGAACCAAGUAGUGAAACUGACUCCAGAGGAAGAUGGGACGACAGUAGAUAUCAUCAUGGUGUUUCAGUUCCCCUCUGCUGAGCCAAGUGCAGUGAGAAGUAGGAAAAUCCGCAGCAUCUUAGAUGAGAAGAUAAGGAACACCAGAGUUUUGCCAAUAAACACCUCAUCAGUUGAAGUUAAUGCAAUGAGCUCAUCAACAGGGAAGCUAACUGUCCAAGCAUGUUGCGGUAAACGAGCUGUUCCAUUAGUAAGCAACAGAAUAAUGUCCGGAGAGAUCGCGGGCAAGGCUGCCUGGCCUUGGCAAGCUUCGCUUCAAUAUAAUAACAUACAUCAGUGUGGGGCCACCUUGAUUAGCAAUACUUGGCUUGUUACUGCAGCACACUGCUUUAAUAAUAAAGCAAACCCGCAUCAGUGGACUGUUAGCUUUGGAACAACAAUCAACCCUCCGUUAAUGAAAAGAAACAUCAGAAGAAUUAUUGUCCAUGAGAGGUACCGCUUCCCAGCAAGAGAGUACGACAUUGCUGUUGUGCAGUUCUCUCCCAGAGUCACUUUUACUGAUGACAUCCGUCGAAUAUGUUUGCCAGAAGCCUCUGCGUCCUUCCAACCAAAUUCAACUGUCUAUAUCACAGGAUUUGGAGCACUUUUUUACGGUGGGGAAUCCCAAAAUGAUCUUCGAGAAGCCAGACUGAAAAUCAUAAGUGAUGAUGUGUGCAAGCAGCCACAUGUGUAUGGCAGUGAUAUAAAAUUUGGAAUGAUGUGUGCUGGAUAUCUGGAAGGAAUAUAUGAUGCCUGCAGGGGUGAUUCUGGGGGACCUUUAGUUGGAAAGGACCUUAAAGAUACCUGGUAUCUCAUUGGAAUUGUGAGCUGGGGAGAUAACUGUGGUCAAAGAAACAAACCUGGAGUCUACACAAAAGUGACUUAUUACCGAAACUGGAUUACUUCAAAAACAGGCCUCUAAUUCACUGUAAAACUUAAACACUGAGAGCUGUAUGCAGGUCAUACACGCAUAAGAAUCCAUAUAUUCUGUGGCUGUAGUACAAUGAAGUG